AUGUUGGUUUGCUCCUGGUACCAUCAGUUCUCUUUAGUGUUUGCCAAUGUUGGAGGUGUAACUGGGGUCUGGCCCUGGACGAAGUGAUAGAGCAUGGCUCAAGUGAAAGUGCAGACAUCAGCCCCCUUGUCUGGACCUGGCCUGACCGCUGUGGCGCCUGCUGUGGCCAUGCCCAGCCCAGGAGCUCUGAGUCUGCAGCCUACCAUCAAUGGCACAGUGCCAGCCAUAACGCCCACCUGCCCCAGCCCUGCCUCUGGCUUUGUGGACUCCACUGUACCAGCCAGCCCAUCAGGCCCUCCUCAAGAAAACAUGGCAAACCCUAAAGAGAAAACUCCCAUGUGUUUGGUAAAUGAGUUAGCCCGUUUCAACAGGAUUCAACCUCAAUACAAGCUACUAAAUGAGAAAGGACCUGCACAUGCUAAGAUCUUCACGGUGCAGCUGUGCUUGGGGAACCAGGUAUGGGAGUCUGAAGGCAGCAGCAUUAAAAAGGCCCAGCACUCCACAGCUACCAAGGCCCUGGCAGAGAGCAGCCUCCCCCGGCCUCCUCCACGCUCUCCUAAAGCUGACAGCAACAGCAACCCAGGAAGCAUCACUCCUACAGUGGAGUUAAAUGGCUUGGCUAUGAAGCGAGGGGAGCCGGCGAUCUAUAGACCCCUGGAUCCCAAACCCAUUCCCAACUACAGAGCCAAUUACAACUUUAGAGGAAUGUUUAACCAGAGGUACCAUUACCCAGUGCCUAAGGUAUUUUACGUGCAGCUGACAGUGGGGAACAACGAGUUUAUCGGAGAGGGACGAACUCGCCAAGCUGCCCGACACAAUGCAGCCAUGAAAGCCCUCCAGGCCCUGAAGAACGAACCCAUUCCAGAGAGACCACCUCAGUGUUCAGAAGAGAAGAAAGAAACUGAGGAGAACAGCGAUGCCAGCAAAUCUGAGAUCAGCCUGGUCUAUGAGAUUGCCCUUAAGAGGAACCUGCCUGUUAACUUUGAAGUGCUGAAGGAAAGCGGACCCCCGCACAUGAAGAGUUUCCUCACACGUGUGACAGUGGGAGAGUUCUCGGCAGAGGGCGAGGGGAAUAGUAAGAAACUCUCCAAGAAGAGAGCGGCCCUCUCCAUUCUACAGGAGCUGAAGAAACUGCCAGUGCUUCCUGUUGUGGAGAAACCCAAAGUGCAUUACAAGAAGCGGCCCAAGACCAUAUUAAAGACAGGACCAGAGUACGGACAGGGCAUGAACCCUAUUAGCAGACUGGCUCAGAUCCAACAGGCCAAAAAGGAGAAGGAGCCUGAAUACAUGCUGCUUUCAGAGAGAGGGAUGCCUCGUCGAAGAGAAUUCAUCAUGCAGGUGAAAGUAGGCACUGAAGUGACCACAGGAACUGGACCCAACAAGAAAGUGGCCAAGCGUAAUGCAGCUGAAGCCAUGCUGCUUCAACUGGGAUACAAGGCAUCGACUCCAUUACAGAACACUCCGGAAAAGAUGGACAACAAAGGCUGGAAUGGACAAAGGGCUGCUUUUCCUGAAACAACGAGCAACACACAAAAAGGAAUUCUUCACCUUUCCCCGGACGUGUAUCAAGAAAUGGAAGCAAGUCGCAACAAAGGAGUCCCCGGUGCUCCUGGAAACUUCCCAACAGCCAAAGAGAUUGGCCAAGGGUCAGCAGGGCCAUUCUGCACCCCAUCGGUGGGCAACACUGCAACCAUCGCGAAGGAGCUGCUGCUGAGCGGGACGUCACCCACCGCUGAAGCCCUCGUCCUAAAGGGAAAAGCACCUGCUUUGGCCUGUGGCUCCAUCCAGCCUUCCCAACAGCUGGAGUACUUGGCUCACAUUCAAGGUUUCCAGGUGCAGUACUCAGACCGGCAAACUGACAAAGAGUUCAUGACUUACCUGACCCUCUCACCUGUGCAGAUGACCUUUCACGGCAUUGGGAGCUCCAUUCCAGCUAGCCAUGACCAGG